UAUUUUAUUUCUGAAAGCCUGUGCUAAUUCGUUAUUUACGUAUUGGUUUUUAGAUUUUCAAAAGUAUGAAUUUAAAUCAAGAAUUUAUUUUGCAAAAUGAAGAGAGAGAUGGAAUACGUUUUAGUUGGAAUAUGUGGCCCAACAAUCGGCUUGAAUCUACUAGAAUGGUUAUUCCUUUAGGUGCAUUAUACACUCCAUACAAGGAAAAAUCUUUUCUACCACCCAUAAUGUAUGAUCCAAUUUUAUGUUCACGUAAUAAUUGUAGAGCGGUCUUAAAUCCAUAUUGCCAAGUUGAUUUUUGCUCUAAAAUAUGGGUUUGUAAUUUUUGUUUCCAAAGAAAUCCAUUCCCUCCUAAUUAUGCAGGAAUUUCUGAGCAGCAAAUGCCUGCAGAAUUAUUACCACAAUUUACUACCUUAGAAUAUUCACUGACAAGAGAAACUCCCACUUUGCCUGUAUUCCUAUAUGUAGUAGAUCUAUGCAUUAAUCAAGAAGACAUGAUAAGUCUAAAGAAAUCUUUGCAAGUAUCAAUCAGCAUGUUACCAGAAAAAGCUAUCGUAGGCUUAAUUACUUUUGGGAAAAUUGUUUAUGUCCAUGAAUUAGAGCCUAUCAAAGGAAAGUCUCAUAAUGAUGAAAGUAACAAAGAAGGAAAAGGGAGUCUACGCAUAUCUGCUACCAAAAGUUACGCCUUUCGAGGUACCAAAGAAUACUCGGUCAAAGAGUUGAACGAAUACCUAGGUGUAGGGAAAGUCGUUAAUCCUUAUCCUGCAUCUCAAAUGAAUCAAGUGCCUCAAGUAAAUCAAAUGAUGCACCAGCCCAGUCCCAGGUUUAAUCAGCCUCCACUUGCAGUAAUUAAUCCAGGUGGUCACAUGGGAAAUAUUUCAGCCAUGAGUAACUUCACCCAUCAAAUAUCUAACGCUUGCAAAUUUUUACAGCCUGUAAACGUUUGUGACCUGAAUUUGAACGAUCUAAUUGAACAGAUGGAAUGUGAUACUUGGCCAGUCUCCCAGGGUAAAAGGCCUCUGAGAUCGACAGGUGCCGCUCUGGCCAUAGCCAUAGGUUUAUUGGAGAACGCUUACCCUAAUGUGCCUGCCCGCAUAAUGUGUUUCUUAGGUGGUCCUUGUACUCAAGGUCCAGGAGCUGUCGUUGGGGACGAACUUAAAAUUCCCAUUCGAACCCACUUGGACAUAGAAAAGGAUAACGCUAAAUUUCUCAAAAAAGCAGUAAAAUAUUACGAUUCCCUAGCUAGAAGAUGUGCUGAGAAUGGCCAUUGCACAGAUAUUUUUUCUAGCGCACUCGAUCAAACAGGACUGACCGAAAUGGGGUCCUUGGUUCACAUUACAAAUGGACAUUUGGUAAUGGCUGACUCUUUCUCAUCUAGCUUAUUCAUUCAAACAUUUUUGAAGGUUUUCGAAAAAGAUUCUCACGAAGAACUUAAGAUGGGACUUAAUGCUACCCUCGAAAUUAAAACCUCUCGAGACCUUAAGGUGACCGGAGCUAUAGGCCACUUAACGGCCAUAAAAAACGCGGUCACCACCAAAAAUGCAUAUGUAUCCGAAAAUGAGAUUGGCGAAGGAGGCACGAACACAUGGAAAAUUUGCUCUCUACACCCUACAUCCACUUUUGCUAUCUUUUUUGACGUCGUUUCUAGUCCGGCUUCGGCCCUCUCUUCACAAUCCACUUCUAGCAAUCCCCUCUCUGGUCUCAACGCUGCUGCUAUAACCAAUUUCGUGGGGAACCUCACUGGCACGGCUUCCUCGCAACAAGCCUCACCCUCGAGGGGAUAUGAAAGCGGCCUUGGAAUGACUCCGGGUGAUGCCCAUAAAGCUUUUGUUCAAUUCGCGGUUCGUUACAGAACCACCUCAGGCGCAUGUCGUUUGAGAGUGACUACCGUUACGCGUUCUUUUUUUGGCGUGAACCCGCCGAUGACAAGCCAAGGGCCUGGGUUAAUGCAGAAUGUGAUGCAAGGCCAACAGAUGAUGCAAGGUCAGCAGAUGAUGCAAGGCCAGCAGAUGAUGCAAGGCCAGCAGAUGAUGCAAGACCAGCAGAUGAUUCAAGGCCAGCAGUUGAUGCAAGGACAGGGUCGUGCUAUGCCCGUCCAAUCACAAGCCCCCUCACUCGACACAUUUUUUAGUUCUGCUAAAAACGGAUUCGAUCAAGAGACGGCGGCAGUUCUUGUAGCCCGCAUGGCUGCACACCGGACCGCGUCCGCUGAUCUGGUCUCCACCCGGGCCGAAAUUACGGAAACUCUUAGGUGGAUCGAUAGAACUCUCAUCAAAGUGUGUCAAAAAUUUGGUGAAUAUCAAAAGGAGCUUCCCGAUUCAUUCAGAUUGCCCGACAAUUUUACCAUGUUUCCCCAAUUCAUGUUCCAUCUUCGAAGAUCACCAUUUUUGCAGAUCUUUAACAACAGCCCCGAUGAAACCACUUAUAAUAGGUAUGUUUUAUUGAGAGAAGAUUUGACACAAUCACUGAUCAUGAUACAACCCAUUCUCUACUCAUAUUCUUUCCAAGGUCCUCCGGAACCAGCUUUGUUGGAUAGCAGUUCUAUCAAGCCCGAUAGAAUAUUACUUAUGGAUACCUUUUUCCACGUUUUGAUUUAUCACGGAGAGAGCAUAGAUAGUUGGAUUAAAAGCGGAUACCAUAAUGCCCCGGGCUACGAUCAUUUUCGGCAAUUGCUUCAAGCGCCUAAAACUGACGCAGAGCAGAUUUUGAGAUGUAGAUUUCCUCUACCGAGAUAUAUUGAAACUCAACACGGAGGUUCACAGGCUAGAUUUUUGCUCUCCAAAGUUAAUCCAUCGCAAACGCAUAACACUAUGUUUUACGGAGAGCAAGAUGGUUCGGCUCCUGUUUUGACCGAUGACGUUAAUCUUCAAGAUUUUAUGAUGCAUCUAAAAAAAUUGGCGGUAUCAAGCAGCACUUGAUUCUUUCACUCAAUUUAUAUUAAUUUGGUGGUUUCAAUUUUAGUUUCAUGAAAAUGUUGCUUGACUCACGUGAUUUACACAAUAUAAAAUUUAUAAGAACCACGUAUAUAAUUAUAUCCGUUAUUUAUAUAAUUUUUUCAUUUCUUUACUUAUUUAUUUAUUAUUAAUACAUAUUUUAACCGUUAUUACCAAUUCUUAAACCUAAAAUUUACGACAUCAAUGCGGCUUUUUCUUUAUAUAA